UCUGUUAUUUUUCUACUGCGUUUCUGGCGUGUGCGUGUGCAACACUGGGAGCAAUAUUUCAAUUAUUAUUUUUUUUUCUUCUCUCCCACACGUUCGUUCGUGAGCAAUAGUUCUUAGAUAAUAAUUAACAUCACUGAUUGCAAGUGGUGUUUUGUCAUUCGCGAUAACAGUGAUAUUAUAAAGAAAAAUAAUUUUUUUUCACUCUUCUCUUUUCAUUUAUAACUACCUCACUUUAGAAUAGAACAAACAAUCCGUGAAGAAUUAUCUUUUUUUCUCUUUGAAUAAAAAAUAAAGUAAUCUCAGUUUUAUACUCGUCAAGUGUCAGUAUCGCGAAAGAGGAAGAAUCGAAUAAACUGGAAAAAUGACGGAAACGGAAAAUAUUUUCAUCUUCGUACCCAAUAUCAUUGGAUAUGGAAGAGUGAUAUUGGCCCUAAUAUCGUUUUACUUUAUGCCAACGAAUCACAUUAUUGCGUCAUGGUGUUACAUUACGAGUGCACUAUUGGAUGCAUUCGAUGGACAUGCAGCUAGAUAUUUCAAUCAAAGUACAAAAUUUGGUGCUAUUUUGGAUCAAUUGACAGAUCGUUGUGGCACAAUGUGCCUCCUAGUUACACUCAGUCAUUUUUAUCCAGCCUAUACAUUUUGGUUUCAACUCAGUAUGGCCAUUGAUAUUGCGUGUCAUUGGAUUUUUCUACACACGUCAUUGCUUCAAGGGAAAACGAGUCACAAAUUUAUUGACAUGUCGGAAAAUCCAAUAAUGCGUGUUUACUAUACAAAUCGAACGGUAUUGUUUUUCAUGUGCGCUGGAAAUGAGGCGUUUUAUGCUGCUCUGUACCUCUUGCAUUUCACCGAAGGACCCAUAUUGGCCGGAAUAAGUUUGUUCAGAGCAAUUCUCUUACUCUCAGCUCCAGUUGCAUUAGUGAAAACAAUUCUUUCUCUAAUUCACGGCUAUGUCGCGUGCAUAAAUCUUGGAAUAAUUGAUGUGAAAGAACGCGAACAACAGCGAAAAGUAAAAUAAAUAUAAAAAUUCUCAA